AUUAAAUUCUUUAGUUAAAUUGUUAAUUAUUGUCAGCUAUGAAGUUUGUCUUAGGCUUAGCAUUGUUUUCUUUUUUGUUUGUGAGCAGUGUUUAUCCACAAGCACGUUCUUGUUACACUCCUAAUGGUCAAAUUGGAGUAUGUCAGUCGCUGCAAUAUUGUCCAUCAUUGGUUCGCCUGUAUCAAUAUGAUAGAACACAGCGCACAGUAAACUUUUUGGUUGCAUCUCAACGUAGCUGUGGUAAUCGUGUAUUCGGUGGUUAUCCGGUUCUUUGCUGUACGGAUGGUGUCUCUUACGAGGAACAGCCUACCACCAGAUCACCUUUCAUUGAAGUGCCUACUACAACCACUACUACUACCACUACAACUACAACGACUACACCUAAACCGCAGACACUAGCUCCAGUUACAAAUGCUCCCACGCAUCAAGAAGAUUGUAUUGGCCCUGACCGCAGAGAAGGAUACUGCAUUAGCUUACGAGACUGUCCAUCUCUUCUGAAUGAAUUCAUACAACGUCAAAAGGAUCCACAGUAUGUUAACUACAUACAGCAAUCGAAUGCUAUCUGCAAUUAUAUUCAACCUAACGUAUGCUGUCCUCUGGAAUCAUCAGUUACUAACGCACCUGUCAUUCCACCCCCGACAGUAGCACCUCCGCCGGCACCAGUUACCGAUGGACCUCCUGUUCCGAAAAAUAACAAUCUUAUUACUCUUGCCAACCCUGAAGAGGGAUGCGGUUAUAGUAAGGUUCAACAUCAACGAGUUGUUGGUGGUGUGCCUGCUGCAUUGAAUGGUUGGCCGUGGAUGGCCCUAAUUGGGUAUAAAAAUACCCUAGGAGAGGUGUCAUUCAAGUGUGGUGGUUCGGUUAUCACUAAACGGCAUGUAUUAACAGCCGCUCAUUGCAUUCGUAACGAUCUUUCUUCGGUUCGCCUUGGAGAGCAUGAUACUUCGACCGAUGCAGAAACCAAUCACAUUGAUAUUCCCGUUGUUAAGACGGUAACGAAUCCACAGUAUGAUAAAAAAGACGGUCAUUCGGAUCUGGCGAUUCUCUAUCUUGGUGAAGAUGUAACGUUUAACGAUGCCGUGCGUCCAAUUUGUCUUCCCACUAGUGAUCCAAUAAGAACUCGUACCCUGGAUGGGUUGAUGCCGUUUGUGGCUGGUUGGGGUCGAACGCAAGAAGGUGGAAAAUCUGCAAAUGUACUGCAAGAGUUGCAACUGCCAGUCAUAUCAAAUUCCGAAUGUCGCGAUUUGUACAGCAAAAUAGGAAAAGCUUUUUCUGACAAACAAUUCGACAACGCAGUGCUAUGUGCUGGUGUUAUACAGGGCGGAAAGGAUUCAUGCCAGGGUGACAGUGGAGGUCCAUUAAUGUUUCCCCAACGUGUUGGAACCGAAUACCGUUACUAUCAAAUGGGUAUUGUUUCCUACGGUAUUGGAUGUGCACGUGCCGAAGUUCCCGGAGUUUAUACAAGAGUGACACAGUUUAUAGACUGGAUCCAAGAAAAAGUAGCUCAGCCAAUCUGA